AUGGCCAAGCUCAUUCUUGCCACAGGUUUGGUCAUUCUGCUGGAUGCUCAGUUGGGCUCUGCCUACCAGUUGAUGUGCUAUUAUACUAGGUGGGCCAAGGACAGGCCAGACAAGGGGAGUUUCAAACCUAAUAACAUUGACCCCUACCUGUGUACUCAUAUCAUCUAUGCCUAUGCUUCAAUGGUGAACAAUGAGAUCACUCCAGUAAGCCCUGAUGACUUGAUGGAGUAUGAAGCUAUAAAUAAUCUGAAAACCAGGAAUCUGGGGCUGAAAACUCUCCUGGCUGUUGGAGGCAGGCAGGUUGGACCUAUCCUAUUCAGUGACAUGGUGUCUACUCCUCGCAACCGUCGGACUUUCAUUAAGUCAGUCAUCAAAUUCCUGCGCCAAAACAAGUUUGAUGGGCUGAACCUGGACUGGCAGUACCCUGGGUCUGGUGGGAGCUCACCUGAGGACAAGCAGCUCUUCACUCUCCUGGUGAAGGAAAUGUAUGAAGCUUUUGAGAAGGAACCCUUUGAGCAACACAAGACCAGGCUGUUAAUCACGUCCACAGGAGCUGGUAUCAUCUCCAUCAUUGAGGGUGGCUACGAGAUCCCUGAACUGUCAUGGUACCUUGAUUACAUUCAAGUCAUGACAUAUGAUCUCCAUACUUUCCAUGAUAACUACACUGGAGAAAACAGUCCCCUCUUCCAAGGACCUAUUGACAACGGCACGAGUACCUACCUCAAUGUGGACUACAUCAUGACCUACUGGAUGAACAAUGGGGGUGAUCCUGAGAAGCUCAUUGUUGGAUUCCCCACAUAUGGACAAACUUUCACAUUGAGUGUCCCUUCUGACAAUGAAAUUGGUGCCCAUACCAUUGGUCCUGGCCCACCAAUGAAUUACACAAAUGAAGCAGGAUUAUGGGCCUACUAUGAGAUUUGCAACUUCCUGGAUGAUGGAGCCACUAAGAAAUGGUAUGCCCCCCAGGAAGUGCCCUAUGCUUUUAAGAACACAGACUGGGUUGGCUAUGAUAAUGUCAUGAGCUUUCAGAUAAAGGCUCAGUGGCUCAUGGAGAACAACUUAGGAGGUGCCAUGGUCUGGCCCCUGGAUAUGGAUGACUUCACUGGCUCUUUCUGCAACAAGGGAAAGUUUCCUCUGACCUUUACCUUAAAGAAAUAUCUCAAUGUGCAGAGUCGAAGUAAGUGA